UUGAUACUUUAUCAGUCAGCUGAUCGGCCUGCGGGGUUGCUCUUGUUUACAUUUCUAACCACUGAAGGAGUACAUUGACGCACCUGACAUGUAAUUGAAUUCCUUGCAGAUGACCAUGCACAUUCUUCCACCAAGGAAUAUAUACUCUCAUUGUCUUCACCUUCGAAUUUGGAUUGGCAAGGAACAUAUACAGUUUAGUCCCGUCGCUGCCCCUAAUUAACAACACGCCCUGUCUAGAUUGACCGUUGAGAGGCGGGACCAAAGAGCCGCAGCUCAGACCCCAUAAGCACAAUUAGGUGUAAAGAUUCUGCUUUCUAACAGUAUGGCCAGUCGUGGGAUGAGUGAAACACAAAGGUUACGGCAGCAGAUGGAAGAGCAACUUGACCGAUUAAUGGCACAGUUAGCUGAUCUUGAGGAAUGCAAAGGAGAAUUAGAUCCAGAGGAGUAUGAAGAAGUCCACAAAGACACCAUUGAACAACUGAAUGAAUUUCAUUCUUCGCUCUCACGCAUGACUAGUGGUGACAUGACACUGGUUGAUUCCUUUAAUGCAAUGCAGUUGGCUAUUCAAGCAGCAAUAUCUCAAGCUUUUAAAACUCCAGAAGUUAUCCAGAUGUUUGCAAAGAAGCAACCAGACCAGUUGCGAGAGAAGCUUUCUCAGAUUGAGAGAGAUCAGAAGAUUGGCAAGAUUGCAUUAGAUUCUUACACACAGCAGAAGGCUGAGAUUCUAAGUGCCUUGCAAAAAUUGGGCGAGUCCUUAACUGCAGCAGAGCAAACGUUCCUAGAUUCUCAUGCCUCGGUUCUAAUGAAGAACUUUGAUCAGAUCACCGAUGAGACAGGCUCUAGUCAGAAGGUGUUGGAAAUGGCUCGGCAGGGACUUCACUAGGAAUAAUAAG